AUGGAAACUCAGGAAUGUCCUAUAUGCAGAUCAUCAAAACACGAGCCUCUGAGCAACGAGCCUCUGGUUUUAAAGAACCUGUGUGAGGCCUUAGAGGAAAGGUGUCAGAGAGCUUCAGCAGGGUCCGAGCUGCUCUGCAGUCUGCACAGCGAGAAACUCAAGUUCUUCUGUCUGGACGAUAAACAGCCUGUCUGCUUUGUGUGUCAGACUUCCAGAAAACACAAAAAACACUCCUUCUGUCCCAUAGAUGAAGCUGUACAGGAUUAUAAGAGCCAGGCCCAGACUACAGAAAAGCAAGUUAAGGAGUUUGAGAAGCUUCACCAGUUUCUACGAGAGGAAGAGGCAGCCAGGAUAGCUGCUAUGAGGGAGGAAGAGGAGCAGAAGAGUCAUCGGAUGAAGAAGAAGAUUGAGGAGAUGAGUAAAGAGAUAUCAUGCCUUUCAGACACAAUCCGAGCCAUACAGGAGGAGCUGGGAGCUGAAGACAUCUCAUUUCUACAAAACUACACAGCCACGGUGAAAAGAGCCCAGUGCACACUGCCAGAUCCACAGCUGGUCUCAGGAGCACUGAUAGAUGUGGCCAAACACCUGGGCAACCUGAAGUUCAGAGUCUGGGAGAAGAUGCAGGACAUUGUUCAGUACAGUCCUGUGAUUCUGGAACCCAACACUGGUCACCCAGGUCUCCUCCUCUCUGAUGAUCUGACCAGUAUGAGAUGCAUUGGAGUGACACAGAAGUUACCUGACAACCCAGAGAGGUUUGAUAAAUCUGACCUUGUCCUGGGCUCAGAGGGCUUUAACUCAGGGACACACAGCUGGGACAUUGAGGUUGGAGAUAUUAACUUCUUUGCUGUAGGUGUGGCCCCAGAGUCUCCAGGGAAGGACAUGGUGACUGAGUUAGAAUGUGUGGAAUACAGUGGUGUAAUGCUGGAUACAAGCCAUAUUUGUCCCCCACCCUAUACACAGAAACAGAGCUCCUCAGAGGGUCAGAGUACAACUGAACAGGGACAGAGGAAAGCUGUCAUUCUCUGACCCUGAUAACAACACACACCUACACACAUCAACACACACUUUCACUGAAAGAGUCUUUCCAUUAUUUUACUUGAAUUGGUCUACUUUCUCACAUUCACUAAGAGUCUUACCAGUGAAAACCUCCGUAACAGUGGAACAGCACAACUAGAGUAGGGAGGGCGAAUGAAUGGGCUUCUACACAGUCUUUAUGGGAACUCUUUCUUAAGCUCCUGGUUAAAUUGCGCAUAAGAAAAAAAAAACUCUCUAAAUGGUUAAACCAGUAACAAAUAUAUGUGAUUAUUGUAAAAAUCUGGGAAUUUGCUUAAUUUACUAUCAUCCUAAACUAAGAUAUUUCAUUAUUUUGCUAUAUCUAAUGAAUGUAUAUUAAACUACCUUCCAUAAUGUGGACAGCAUGUGUUUCUAACAACUAACAACACAAGCUGCCGUUUUGACCACAUCGAAUUGGGGGGAAUUGCACAUCUUAGUAUAAAAGUUUAUAGCACGAUAACACAAGAUCAAAACAUAAAACAGAUCUUUGGUUUUGUACUGUUGAUUUUGUCUUAUGUGCUGGGGGUCGCAGGACUCGAUGUAAGUAACUAGGUUUCCAUCCAAUUGCUGACAGAUGUUCAUGCAAUUAUCCUAAAAUCUGCAGAAAGAAAAUAUGUGCCUUUUCCCACCAGUGGUGUGUUCCACCAAACGGACUUGUUUCGGAUAAAAAUCAGUGUGUGAUGACGUAGUGCACACAGAAUGCAUGUGCACUCUAGCCAACAGCUCAAAUGAAAUCAAAUCGCAGGUACAGUGUGGGGUAGGCUGUGUGGGGUAGACUGUGAAGGUAGGCUGUGGAGGUAGGCUGUGAAGGUAGGCUGUGGAGGUAGGCUGUGAAGGUAGGCUGUGUGGGGUAGACUGUGAAGGUAGGCUGUGGAGGUAGGCUGUGGAGGUAGACUGUGGAGGUAGGCUGUGAAGGUAGGCUGUGGGAGAAGGCUAUGGAGGUAGACUGUGGAGGUAGACUGUGAAGGUAGGCUGUGGAGGUAGACUGUGGAGGUAGGCUGUGAAGGUAGACUGUGGGAGAAGGCUAGUUUACAUGAUGAGAAUAUUAUUAAUAAGAGCGAGAAUAUUUUUUUAUUUGUCAACAGCAGUCAAGCAUCGAUCAUCAUGUCAUCAGAAUAAGACCCUGGAUAUUUAUUGGAAAGGAGCAUCAAGCUCAUCACCGUGCUC